AUGGCACAACAGCACACCGCCGAGAAGCUGCUGCAGCGACCGCUUUAUGUCUUUGAUCUCCCGGAGGAGAUCCUCUACACGCUGCAGCUCAGGACGCAGCCGAAUGCUGCACCCGAAGUCGAGGAGCCCGUACCCCAGCAGCCUUCCCUACAGACUAGCAACGGCGACGACAAGCAAGAUGCCGGACCAUCGAAGGCGACAUCAUGUGCGUUGUGUGCACUUAGCUUCUCGGAUCUGCUCGGGCAGAGGAGCCAUGUGCGAUCCGAUCUCCACAGUUACAACCUCAAGCAGAAGAUGCGUGGGAAGAAGGUAGUCGGCGAGGCAGAGUUCGAGCGACUCGUAGGACAACUCGACGAGAGUCUGUCUGGGUCGGACUCUUCAGACUCGGAAGAUGAUGAAGACGAUGAGCUGGGAGCAGGACCCAGGUCGAAAGAGUCUACGCUGCGAACACUAUUGAAGAGGCAGGCCAAGAUCACCGACGGCGAUGCAGACGAUGCGCCCACGAAGAAGAGGAAACGAGGGGCGGGGAAGCCUCCUCUGCUAUGGUUUUCGACCCCGAAACUGCCGUCAAACACAUCAUUAGCUCUCUAUCGUGCCAUCUUCACCACGGGCGAGCAAGACCAGGAGGAGAAGUUAGUGGACACGAUCAAGCAGAAACAGUUGGCACCCAAGCCUCCGCCAAAUCCCCUGCAACAGAAGAAGGCACAGCAAGAGCAGGAGGAAGAUGGGCGCGUCCCACUUCCAGCAUCGAUGAUACAGGCACAGAAGGGCACAAGUGCUGCCGGUCCGCACUACUUUCUCUGCAUGAUCGGCGGAGGCCAUUUCGCUGGCAUGAUCGUGUCACUUACCCCCAAGCUGACCAAGAAAGCCGGCAUCGAGGAUCGAUCGGCGACCGUCAUUGCACACAAGACGUUCCAUCGCUACACCACGAGGCGGAAGCAGGGUGGUUCGCAGUCUGCGAAUGAUAACGCCAAAGGUAACGCACAUUCUGCAGGUUCGAGCAUCAGACGAUACAACGAGACUGCAUUGACCGAGGAGGUCCGGGUGCUGCUACACGAAUGGAAAGACUGGAUCGAUAGUUCUGAUCUGGUCUUUAUUCGAGCCACUGGAGUCACGAACCGUCGAACACUAUUCGGUCCGUACGAGGGCCAGGUGUUGAACUCACGCGAUGAUCGCAUCCGAGGCUUCCCGUUCAGCACACGACGUGCAACUCAGUCGGAACUCAUGCGCGCGUUUGUAGAGCUCACCAGAGUCAAGGUCACCACUGUCGACGAGGAAGCCUUGGCACGACAGGCUGCAGAAGCCGCUGCUGCAGAGCGUGCCAAAGUGGAAGCAGCUGUCAAUGGCAAGUCAAGUGCGCCCAAACCUGCGAAGCUCUCCAAAGAGGACGAAGAGGCUGCGCUGCAUACCACCCAGCUGCAAGCAUUGAUUCGCAGGUCAAAGGCGCCGGGAAUGGUUUCCUACUUCCAGUCCAACAAGCUAAGUCCAGACUUUCGCUUCUUUCCUGCAGAGCAGAAUCACCAUGCUCCUACUUCAUUACACCUCGCGGCGUCAUCGAACAGUCCAGCUUGCGUGACUGCUCUCUUGGUCAAGGUCGGUGCAGACCCUUCGACACGGAAUGAAGACGGCAAGUCUGCCUUUGAGAUUGCUGGUGAUCGUGCCACUCGAGACGCCUUCCGGUUAGCGAGAUCCCAGCUUGGCGAACACCGAUGGCCUUGGGACGCAGCAGGUGUACCAGCAGCAUUGUCACAGGCCGAAGCAGAGUCUAGGACUGCCAGAGAAAAGGAAGAGAAGGCCGCUGAAGAUGCUGCAGAAAAGCAGCGUCGUCAGGUGGAGAUGGAGCGACUACGGAAAGAGGACGCAGAGAAGGUCACAGCGAGCAAAGAGAAGAAGUUUGGCAAGGGCAAUGUACUUGAGAAACCUAAGCUGACUGCGGAAGAGCGAAGGGCGGAGGAUGCACGAGGUAUGACUGAUGAGAUGCGUAUGAGGCUGGAAAGGGAGAAGAGGGCGAGGGCUGCUGAGGAGAGGAUGAAGAGACUGCAGGGCAAGUAA